AUGCCAAUCUUCCGUGACUCAAGCUACCUCAACGCCAUGGCAUCAACUCGAGCCCAAGGUGAAGUCGUGGAUGAGAAGAAGGAGAAGCCAGCACGGUCAAAGGCGAAACGUAAGAUGAGAAGCAAAGCUCAGACCCCGAGCAAACGCCGCCUGACUACUCCAGCUCAAGCUCAACCAUAUUCAGGCUUCUAUGAGCACAAAGAACAAGAUCGUGCGGAUUUAGCCCGUGUGCUGGACUGCAUACUCAACUACCACCCGAGUAAGCGGGAAGUGGCCCAAAUUCAGGUGAAUCACGUCAAGAAGCAGAGUCAAGCUGUCCUCGAGAGCGAGGACAAGAGGCGAGUAGAAAUGUUGAAGUGUGACGUUGACGUCAAGCGCGGUCGAGGUGAAGUCCAGUUGCUACUGGAGCGGAUGCUGGCUCGGCAGACCAUGAGGAAGGACGGCAUCUCCAACGAUGACAUUGAAGUCGUCUUGCCGCUUAAGGAGCCAUGA